AUGCCACGGAUUUUAUCGGCAACAUCCCGCUCUGGAUGGAAGCAAAAUCCGGCUAUAUGGACGCAAUCAGGAUCCUGCUGGAUGACCAGCGUAUAUCUCCCAACAUUGAAUCAUCCUAUGGAUAACAGCGCUCGGGGCAGCCGCACUCAGAGGUCUGCGGAUAUCAGAAGCUCUCAUGGUUGCACGGCACUCUCGUUUGCCGCUGAGAGAGGAGACGAAGACGCCAUAAGAUGGCUUCUUGCCGGGGGCGAUGUGGAUCCGUUGUCAAAAAUAACGAGGGCAGGACGCCCCUCGAAUAAUGCGUCAAUCGACUUCAGCCCUAAACGGCUGCGCCGGUAUGAACUGUCUGAGGAGAGAAAAGCUGUGAUAGAAAUGUCACAAGCUAUAACAACGCAAGUCAGUAAUAUCUUUAUGAAACACUGA